AUGGGCUCUCGCCAUUCUGGUCGCAAGCGACGGCGUUCGCACUCGAGCCCUGCGUCGCCAGGACCAUGGAAGCCCUACCGAGGCGUCGGGCUCGGAAACCUCAACCGCCGGAAGGCGUAUAGUGUCAGCGUGCUUCGCGAAGUGGUUUCAUCCAUUGACAGUGCCUGCGAGCCACAAGGUGUGCGGUGGAUGCUGGUGGAUGGCCUGAGGAAGCUCAGGGCUGAUACGGAAAAACGAUCCGGCAAGCUGGGUCGCCUUUGGCAUUUCCAGAAAUUGAUACCUCGAGCACUCGGUGCCGUUUCUUUCGGGGACGAGCAGGUGAUAUACGUUUUCAUGAUUGAAACCUAUCGAAGGGGCGAUCGACGGCUAACGUACCAAGGACAGGCUCACCCAGGGGCUCAUAUACGCGGUCGUCACCAGCUAAUUGGCCUGGACCCACAGUUGAUUCGGGCUGGUGGAUCUCCAGGAGCGAUGGUCGCGCCUGCUAGGCACCUAUGA